CGAGGAGCGCUUGAGUAGGAGACGUAAGCGCCAUUUUGUGACGGAGCUCGGGAGGUGUGAGGAUAUCCGCGGGAGGGCUGAGCGUUGCUGGGUUUUUGGCCGGUUCCCAGUUGUGAGGCAUUCGCCGACACCCGGGAGCACUUCUUUAGCUUGGACCUGGAGCAUUUUGCAGCCAUGGAAAUGGAAUAUAUCCGCGUGGCAGAGGAUGAGAAUGAGGAGCCAAUGGAAAUUCCAUCCGAGGAUGAUGGCACCGUUCUGCUGUCCACUGUCACUGCCCAGUUCCCUGGUGCUUGCGGCCUCCGAUACAGGAAUCCGGUGAAUCAGUGUAUGCGUGGUGUCCGCCUGGUAGAAGGCAUUCUCCACGCUCCAGAAAAUGGAUGGGGAAAUCUGGUAUAUGUCGUGAACUACCCAAAAGAUAAUAAAAGGAAGAUGGAUGAAACUGAUGCUUCUUCUGCUGUAAAAAUCAAGCGAGCUGUGACUAAAACCUCUGAUCUCAUUGUGCUUGGCUUACCAUGGAAAACAACAGAGCAGGAUCUAAAGGACUACUUCAGCACCUAUGGGGAAGUCAUUAUGGUCCAGGUUAAAAAGGAUGCCAAAACUGGCCAUUCUAAAGGUUUUGGCUUUGUAAGGUUUACUGAAUAUGAAACGCAAGUGAAGGUGAUGUCCCAGCGUCACAUGAUAGAUGGAAGAUGGUGCGAUUGUAAGCUGCCUAAUUCCAAGGACUCACUCAUUGUGGAUUCUCUACAGCAAAGCCCGGAUGAACCUAUGCGCAGCCGUAAGGUAUUUGUUGGCCGGUGCACUGAGGAUAUGACAGCGGAGGAGCUUCGCCAGUUCUUCACACAGUACGGGGAGGUUGUGGAUGUGUUCAUCCCGAAGCCAUUUAGAGCGUUUUCCUUUGUGACCUUUGCCGAUGACCAGGUUGCCCAGUCUUUGUGUGGAGAAGAUCUUAUUAUCAAAGGAGUCAGCGUUCAUGUAUCUACAGCUGAGCCUAAACACAAUAAUAACAAUAGGAGCCCUUUGGAGAGGGGUGGCAGAUUCCCAGGACCCAACUUUGGGAAUCAGGGAUAUCCUAAUAACAGGCCAAACAAUAGUGGCCUUGCUAACAACCAGCCUAAUAACAUGGGGGCUGCUGGUGGUGGUGGUGGCGGCAUGAACUUUGGGGCAUUUAGCAUUAACCCUGCAAUGAUGGCUGCUGCUCAGGCAGCCUUACAGAGCAGCUGGGGGAUGAUGGGUAUGCUUGCUAGUCAGCAGAAUCAACCUGGUCCACAGGGUAACAAUCAGGGGCAAGGGAAUCAGCCAAGAGACCAGCCACAGAGUUUUGGCUCGGGUAGUAAUUCCUAUGGCUCGAACUCUGCUAUAGGCUGGGGUUCUCCUAAUGCUGGCUCUGGUACUGGGUUCAAUGGGGGCUUUAGCUCGAGCAUGGAAUCAAAGUCCUCAGGUUGGGGUAUGUAGGUAGUAUGGCUCAGUGUGGGGGGUAGGUAAGUCAACAUUUCCUAAUUUUAUGGUAAGUACAAGUGUAAAAUUUAAUUUACAGAAUUUUCCUUAGAGGUUUUCUUCAAGCUUGCUGGUGGUUCAGCUGCAUAUCUUCUAUGAAGGAAAUAUGGUGUGAGCCCAUGAUUAAGUAGUUCAUGAACCCUACCUGCCUGUUGAAGAAAACUACUUGUUUUUGUUUGGCAUAGGCCAGUUACUAACUUAAAACCACAAAAUAUAUCUAUAUAGUUUUCUUUGAUGUAAAUGAGAAUCACAUCUUGUUUAGUACAGUCUUCCUAAAUUGUAUUUACUGCUUCAACUACUGAUCUCUGCUCCGCACAUUUGUCUCUGGGACCGGGCGCUCAGUUCUGUUUUAUAUCCUGCCCUGGAAUCAAUUCUUCAUAAUAACCAUCAAGAAGUCGUCUGCUGCACACAGUGAUUCUUAAGACGGUGGGUGAUCCAAUUUUUGUCCACUACUUUUAUUUCGUGGAAGUCGUACCAGCACUUUGAGAACGCACGGCUGUGAGAUGGAACCAAAAGGCUGUUUGAACUGUGGGAUUGUUGGUACCAAGGCAUGAGAGGCUUGGGGUAUGAGCGAGAUCCAGAGAGCAUGCAGAGACCUGGUGGUGCAUUUUGGGAAUUUUUUUUUUUUUUCUAAACGUUGGAGAUGUGUCUCUCGAUCCAGUGGCCAUAGUGAGCGUGUGCAGAGAGCAGUGGGAGCAAGUAACGUACGAAUGUUUCUUGCAUUCAAAGGACUUGUUCAUUUGGAAGACUGGAGCUUAAUUUUUUCCCUGCCUAAAAGCUAUAACUGUUUGAAAUAAGUUUGUGUACAAAAAAAAUCCCUCUCCUUGAAAUGUCUACUGUUGUGAAUGCUGUAUGAGGUGUGCAUUCUUUUCUGUUUAAUGCUAAUGUGAGUCCUUGUGAACUGCAUAUGAUGCUGGUGGGGGCGGGUGGUGAACGCUCUGGAGUGAAAUGAAAAAUGCUCCUGUUCAUAGUGUUGGGACUGUUUCGGUUUGUAAGUAAUAACCAGAAUGCUGUUUGCUGCAGUCAUGUGUUCUGUGUUUGGAUGCUUUUUACAAGACCUGUCAUUGUAGGAUUCUUAAAUAAAACUGUUUAAACAAA